AUGUCGAAACGUGAUUAUGACGAGGAUGGAGAUCAGAGACGAAAGAAACCUAGGCGAGAUGAUGAAGAGCCCCCUGAUCUUCAUUCCAUUUUUAAUGGAGAGGUUUCAAGUGUUCAGAAGUAUGGUGUUUUUGUUAAAAUACCUGGUCAUUUUAAACAAGGUUUAGUUCACAAGUCACAGAUGUCUAAAUCUAAAAUUGAAGACCCGUCUGAAAUGUUGUCAGUAGGAGAAAGAGUGUAUUGUAAAGUUAUUUCAACUGAGGACAAUAAAAUCAGUCUGUCUAUGAAGAUGGUCAGUCAAACUACAGGAAAUGAUUUGGAUCCAAAUAAUGUCGAAUUGAGUUUAGAUGAAAAGAAGAGAAGACAGUUUAAUAAAAGGGAAAGAGAAAAAAUAGAACUUGGUGCUGUAUUAAAUACAACUUGUAGACGUUGUGGGGGACACGGUCAUUUUGCUCAAGAUUGUUAUGUUGUCAAGGGAAAUAAAAGUUAUGAAUUGGUGCCAGAAUUCGAUGAAAAUAAAAUUAUUCCUGAAAAAAUACCAGAAAAAUCUUCAACAGUUAAAAAGAAGAAAAAGGAAAAGAAACAUAAAAAAGAGAAGAAGAAGAAAAUAAAAUCAACGUCAAGUUCUGACAGCAGUGAUUCAGAUACCAAUCAUAGACAUGUAUGA